CAUUGGAAGACACUGUGUUGUUAUUGAUUCUUGUAAAGCUCCCUCCUUGGUACGUGUGUCCCCUCGUUUUGCACCCAUGGGGAGUCAUUAUAAGUAUAUCAGUCUGCCCACUGGGCUGGAUGAAGCUCCUCCAUGGCAGUGUCAGAAAGCAGCUCCCUCUGACUCGUGGAUACUGUCAGUGGUUCACACUGCAAUCUCCUGUCUGUCAUGCCUGCUCCUUCUCAUCACCUUCCCUGUCUCCAUCUGGUGUUUCCUGAAGGUGGUCCCUGAUUAUCAACGGAUUGUUGUAUUUCGGCUUGGCCGUGUACGCCCUCCCAGAGGUCCAGGGAUGGUCUUACUGCUCCCUCUAAUUGAUCAGUUUCAAAGGGUAGACAUGAGGACGAGAGCCUUCAAAAUACCUCCAUCUAAGGUGAAGUCACGGGAUGGGGCAGUGGUAUGUCUUGGAGCAGAUAUCCAAUUCCGGGUGUGUGACCCAGUGCUGUCUGUCUUAUCUGUACAAGACCUGAGCUUCGUGAUUCAGAAUACAGCACAGAACCUAUUGGUGCAGAGCCUCGGUAGAAAAUAUCUGCAAGAGAUGUAUAGUAGUCGGAUGCGCAUAGGUGAACAUUUAAAGGAGGACAUUAAUGAACAAGUGAAGCCAUGGGGUGCAUGCGUAGACCGCGUGGACCUGGCGAUGGAGGCCGUCAUGCAGUCACCUGACAGCAAUCCGGUUGGUUGUGUGAAUACACAGUCCAAAACGCCCAGCGGGGGAUUCGAGCAACUACUAAUGCAGGUCAUCUCUCUAGCUAAGCAGAAUCCAGAGAAGGAAAUAAAUCCGUCUACAGGUCUCACAUUGCAGCAGCUGCUGUCCAGGUUAGAAGGAAACCUGAACGAGUCACUAGUCUCUAAGGUGGGAUCUUCAUUCCAGUUUCAUUUGACCUUGGAGAGUGGAGAGAGAGCUCCAUAUUUCCUAGAUCUAACAUCAGGUUCGGGUCGGGCCGGAUGGGGAGUGAUUGGUGGCACUCCGGAUGUUACAUUGGACAUUACAGAAACUGACCUUCUCUCUCUUAUUCAAGGGAAACUUCACCCCCUUGCAGCCUACAAUCAGGGACGCUUACGUGUGCAAGGAAACCUGCAGACUGCACUACAGCUACAGGAAGUGCUACAGGUUGUUACGCAAUGAGCCUGUAGCUCAAGAUACUGAUAGACUGACAUGUAGCCUCUGACCACAGUACGAGGUGGUUGUUAUAGAUGGAGGUUUAUAAAAGAUGUAGUCCAACAGUAGAUAGAGGCAGGUAAAUGUCAAAUUUUCAUGCUGGUAGUUUUUCAAAUUUCCAAUAUAUUUAUUUUUGUAUAUAAUGUGAAACAGGUUCUAAAUUAUACCUAUUACAUUUUUAGGGGGUGAUUUUUUUCCCCCCACCCAUUUCCAUAAAAUUAUCACUAAAUUAAAGUAGGACUAUUUUUUUUUUUUUUUUUUUUUUUUUUUUUUUUGUGAUUUACAUACAAAUGGGUAAGGAUGUGGUGGCAUGUAGGAAGAAAUUAUGUUUUGGAAAAGCACAUUGAUGGGAUACAAUGCCUACAGCUACAGAAGUCGAUACAGUAUUUAAAUGGACACUUCGGGCACAUUUGUGGACUUCUUUUUAUAUUUAAUCUUCUUUAGUUAUAUAU